UAAACCAAAUUAAAAUGGGAAGCUUAAGUGUAAGAAAAUAUUUUCUAGGGUUCAUUCUUGUGGCUGUAAGCAAUGUGGUUAUGGCUCAGCAGCGCUCAGUUGCUGGUACAGUCACUCCUGCUUUUUUCAACGCAAUUGCUAAUAAAGCUGCCGGAAAUAAUGGUUGCCAAGGGAGGGGAUUCUACACCAGAGCUGCCUUCCUUAAGGCCGCCGGUGCAAAUCCCAGGUUCGGAAACACCGGUUCUCCGGACGUCGUUAAGCGCGAGAUCGCCGCUUUCUUCGCUCACGUCACUCAUGAGACCGGAAGUUUGUGCUACAUUAACGAGAUAAACGGCGGGUCGAAGGACUACUGUGACGAGAGCGACAGGCAAUACCCGUGCGCCGCCGGGAAGAAGUACUACGGGCGAGGACCGCUGCAGUUAUCGUGGAAUUACAACUACGGAGAAGCCGGGAAAAGCGUGGGAUUCGACGGGCUGAGGAACCCCGACAUCGUGGCCAGGGAUGCUGUUGUGUCGUUCAAGGUUGCGUUGUGGUUCUGGAUGAACAAUCAGUGCCAUUCCAUGAUUACGUCGGGGAAGGGUUUUGGGGCGACCAUUCGCGCCAUUAAUGGCGAUAUUGAGUGCGAUGGGGGCAAUGCUGAUGCUGUGAGGUCACGAAUUGGGUAUUAUACUCAAUACUGCAAACAACUGGGCGUCAACCCAGGUGUUAAUCUCUCAUGUUAGAGAAUAUUACAACGUACUGUACUGUUUUGAAAUAAUUUCAA